AUUACCAAGCAAGAUUUUUUUCAGGAAGCAAAAAAUCUCAUUGCCCAACAUUAUGAGAAAAUAAAUGAGAACAAAAUUCAAGGUAGUUCUAUAAAUGUUUUCAGAAAUAAACACCAAAAACCAAAAUCUGGCAUAUUCAUACCUUUGGAGAUAAAGAAGAAGGAAACACUUGAUGUGGUCCAAGAACUUCAGACAGCACACAAACAUACUUGUUUUCCCAAAGAUGUUUCCAAAGGCGACCAUUCUGAGGAGCCCCCACAAUCCACUUCUUUUAAGAAGCCAUGCAUUUUUAAUGUAAAAGAGAAAUUCAUGGGAUCCAUAGAUCUAAUUGCAAAAGAACAAGUUAAACUGUGUAAAAUAGUGACUAAUAUUGAGUCAGUGGGGAAAAAAAUGGAGAAAGAAAAGCAACAGUACCGUGGGAAGUCCAGAGUGCUGGACUCAUAUGCCUUACCCAUCACCAAGUUUGGCUUUUCUGUACAAUCCAUGACCUCUCCUCUCAUGGGGCUUCUGAAAGGACACGACAAAACAUUCUACGAUUGGAGAGGAAUUAUGUCAAGGUCUUCCCAUUCUGCUCGUGGCUCCAGGUUCCCUAGUUUCUUUGGACCAUCCUUUCCGGAAUAUAGUACUAAAGGCUUUAUGAAAAGAGAGAAACUAGCUUUCAAGCCCGAACCAAAGCCAGAACCCAGGGUACAACCUAGUUCAUUUAGAAUUGAUAAACUGGACAGUAAAGUUAAAAGAAUUGGACCACACAUAGAAAUUUUCCAAGUAUUCCGGAAAAGGAACAAACUUAUAAUCACCAAAAAAGUGAUUAGAAUGAUCACCAUCAUGCAGGCACAUGUCAGAGGCUGGCUCGAGCGCAAAAGAUUACGAAGAAUAGUAGGCAAGGCUUUGUACCAUGGGCAGAAUUUGAGAGAGGUCAUCAACAUAUACUGCAGACUGAUCCAUCGCAUUAAAUAUCGACUUGGUCUUUGGAGGACAAGACAAAUUAUAAACUUCACAGAGUUAGAGGAAUGGAUGGAUAGAAAAAAGUUUUACGAAACGAUGUUUGCUAAGAGAGAAGAUUGGCAAGGGCUGCAAAGAAAUGAGCUCCUGAAGUACUUCAAUGACUGUGGCCAUUUCCCAAUUCAGCAGCAGGUUGAUCAGGUUUGGAACCUGGUCCACAGAGAAGACCGUGAAAAGUAUUCUGAAAUCAUCAAGAAGACCAAUGCAAUUGAAAUGUUGUUUACACUCUAUCCUCCUCAAGGUGCCCAUAUGCAGAAUAAUACGCGACUUAGGUCAACUUGGCUGAGACCCAUAGUAAAUGGAGAAGAAGGAUACAAGUACAUAGUGAGCGGACAUCCAGUACUCAAAAGAGCUAACAUCCAGAUUGUUGGGAAGUUAGUGUCCACAUCUAUGAGAGAAAGGAAAAUGAGACAACAGCAGGUGUUCUGAGAAGUAGAAUACUGUUUUCAAUACAAUGUUGCUGUCUUAAGAGUUGAACCCAUCUACCCCAAGAGAUAAGUUAAUACUGGCCAUGGAUUAAUUUGAUAUCAACAGGCAAAAUGACAAAGCAUCUUUAUAUAUCUAGAGAUUUGGAACAAGUCAGUCUGUAAAUUUUCUAUAUCUUCAGAUGAACCAUUCAUUGGAUAUUUUUCAUAAAAAUUCUGCUAAAACCACAGUGUCAAGUGCUCCUUUCA